GUACAUAGCUAACGUUUGUACGUAGCUGAUAGCUCCAGUGCGUUGGUUGCUGCAGUGUCGUGUCGAGUCAACGUACGUGAGUAAAUAAUAAACCGCGGCGAAGAAAGAUUCGGUUUUAACGAAAUCAGUGAAAAAAUAGAAGCAUUUCGAGGUUACAUAGGCAGCGAACGUUCGUCGUUUCUCCGAAUGCUUCGCGUGCCAGGUCUGAACACGUAAAAAUAACUCGUUCGAGUCGUCCCGAGGGAAAGUGAAACGUUUCUGCGACAUCGUUUUUAACGUCAGAGAAACUUAUGCGUGGAACUCGUCGCGUGGCUGCUGAGAAACAUUCCCGCAGCCGGUGGUGUGCGCGUCGACGGAACGAUUGACAGUCGCAGAUGAAGUUCGACGAACACCGACUUUUCAUUUGUUUUACCGUGAAUUAUCCCGUUUUUUCACGGAACGCCCGGCCAUCCAGAGGUUGUUAAACUUCUAAAUACUCUUCAUAACGAUUUAGUUAUUGUUAACAAUAAAAGAAACAUGAAUGGAUUCAGUACCGGUGAGGAAGACUCCCGUGGAGCCGCUGAUCAAGUUUGUUCCCUCGUCGACGAGGGUGAACGAUGCACCCGGCCAGCAGGCAACGCUUCUUACAGCAAACGUAUACAAAAAACUGUAACGCAACGACGUCUCAAGCUGAAUCUCGACCAAGGGGCACGUCACACGUACAUCUGCGACUACCAUAAGCAAGUGAUUCAAUGCGCGAGGUCGAAACAGCAGCAGCAACGUAGGCGUAAAGAUUCCGAGGAGGAUUCCGGAGAAACAGACAACGACCUCCCAGAAGUCGAUUUGUUUCAAUUACAAGUUGGUACACUAAGGCGGUACAAAAGGCAUUACAAAGUCUCUACGCGUCCAGGUUUAAACAAAGCUCAGUUAGCAGAUACUCUUAUGAAGCAUUUUAAGACCAUCCCAGUUGUUGAAAAAGAGGCACUGAGUUUCUUCAUUUAUACCGUAAAGACGAAUGCCAAUAAAUUGGAUCAGAAGAACGGUUUGAGCAACGACACCACAUAGCCUAGGUUUCCGUCUGACGAGUGUUUUGUUACUGUAAUAUUUUAUUAGUGAGAUCGAGAUACGUGUACGAAUUUUUACUUGUUGAUAGGAGAUAAGUAUUUUGUAAGAUCCAUGUAUAAAACACAAAAACGGAAGAUUAUAUAUGUAUGACAUUAUAUAUUAAACUCGAGUAGACUUACGGUAUUGUUAAUUGA